AAUUAAUAAAUAAAUAAUUCUCUUUCACGCCAACUUCCUCGUUCAACGCUGUUACCAAGGGAACAGCGCCCCACCCACUGAAAGGCGUUGACCAAUGACGUGCCUGUGUUAUAAAACAUUAUUUUUGCACGUGUGAGAAGGCUUAUGCGGGCUAUUUCUGGCAUAAUUAUUCGCUGUAGUUUAGAAGUUAGAAGAUUUUCCGUCAUCAUGUCCGAGAAUAAAAGGAACCUGAAGCGCAAAGGAAAGCCGAUGAAAGGCCUGGAGAAGCUCGCAGCAGCCCGGGGAGCGGAGAGAGGAGAGAGGUGGCUGCAGGAGAAAGUGGCGGAGAUGCGGAGAAACUCAGCUGAGUGUAAAUUCAACACGAAGCGUCUCCGGUUCCUGUCUGACGCCAAGAAAGUGAGACAGGGCUGCGGGGCGGUGCUUUACUGGAUGGUCCGGGAUCAGAGAGUGCAGGAUAACUGGGCCCUGGUUUACGCUCAGCAGCUCGCCCUGGAAGAGAAUUUGCCUCUCCACGUGUGUUUCUGUCUCGUGCCACGGUAUUUAGAGGCGACUUAUCGCCAAUACGCCUUCAUGCUCAGGGGACUGCAGGAAGUGGCCAAGGAGUGUACAAGUCUUUGUAUUCAAUUCCAUCUCCUGCGUGGCGAGCCCGAGCUGACGCUGCCUGGUUUUGUGAAACACUGGGACAUCGGUGCCGUCGUGACUGAUUUCAACCCUCUCCGUCUUCCACUGCAGUGGACUGAACGUGUGAAAAAGGAGCUUCCGCCUGAUGUCCCCUUCAUUCAGGUCGAUGCCCAUAACGUGGUGCCGUGCUGGGGGGCAUCGAAUAAACUGGAGUAUGCAGCCAGAACCAUCCGGGGGAAAAUCACCAAACUCCUCCCAGAGUUCCUCACCGAGUUUCCUCCAGUGGACAUGCACCCUCACCCGUCCACCAAAGCGGCAAAGAAGGUGGAUUGGGAGAAAGUGAUGUCAUCACUGGAGGUCGACCGCAGCGUUGGGGAGGUUUUGUGGGCACAGCCGGGAACAGCGGGAGGUGUCGCCAUGCUUGAGUCGUUUAUAGACCAGCGGCUGCGUAUUUUUGCCUCCGAGAGGAACAACCCGAACGCCAGUGCGCUCAGCCAGCUCUCACCCUGGAUCCACUCGGGUCAGUUAUCAGCUCAGCGUGUGCUGUUGGAGGUGAAGCGUUGGGGGAAACACUCGACCGAGUCAGUGUCCUCCUUCACAGAGGAGCUGUUAGUACGCAGGGAGCUCUCCGAUAACUUCUGCUUCUACAACGACAACUACGACAACAUCAACGGUGCGUAUGAUUGGGCGAAGAAGACGCUGCAGGAUCACGCUAAAGACGCUCGGCCUUAUCUGUACACACGAGAGCAACUGGAAAACGCAGACACACACGACCAGCUGUGGAACGCUGCACAGAGGCAGCUUAUGUUAGAGGGGAAGAUGCACGGUUUCAUGCGCAUGUACUGGGCUAAGAAGAUCCUGGAGUGGACAGCUUCACCCGAGGAGGCGGUGAACAUCUCCAUCUAUCUGAACGACCGCUACGCGCUGGAUGGCUGUGACCCGAACGGAUACGUGGGCUGCAUGUGGUCCAUCUGUGGGAUUCAUGAUCAGGGCUGGGCGGAGCGGCCCGUUUUCGGUAAAGUGCGCUACAUGAAUUACGCAGGCUGCAAGCGCAAGUUCGAUGUGGGCCAGUUCGAGAGGAGGUACGCUGGGAAGAAGGCCUGAGACACACACACACACACACACACCUUCAUUAGGGCUUUUAGAAGAUUUGUGUUCAAGUUGCUCUAGUGUUCACUUGCAUUCUGUCAUUUUGAUUCAGUGUGAGUUUUAUUUUCUGCUAAAACUGUCAGCAUGUGUAUCUAUUAAACCCGCUGUAUUAACAUUCUUUAUUAAACAUCAGGAAAAAGGUGAGAGAUGUUAGUGACGGUUUAUCUAGCGCUAACUGGAUCAGUGUAAUUAACAUGUAUUUGUGUUACGGUUGAUGCUAACACUGUCUAAUAUCACCUGUAUGACAAGUCUAUGAACAGAAUAACUUUCAUGCUUACAGCAAUCGUAAGAAAAUAAGCCACCCAUGUAGAGUCAUUUCCUUUCAUAGAUUUAGGGAUUUUUAUGGAACAAUAGUUUCAUUUUCUUCUUGGUUAAUAGACUGUAGAGGGUAAAAGUUAAUAAAACAUAAAAAACAACUUUAAUAUAUAUAUUUUUAAAAGUAAAUCUCAAAACCUUGAACAACUUUUGACUGUCAUCAAAUAUAUAAGCACCUAAAUGUUUGUUUUUUCUUCUGUUUUUCUAAUAAAUUUGUUUCACAGUU